AUGAAGAUUAUGAAACUUGGAUCCAAACCUGAUUCGGUUCAAUCUAAAGGAGACAAUGUUAGGUAUGUAGCAAGUGAGUCAGAAACAGAGAUUAUCGUCAUCAUUGGCAAUGUCAAAUUCUAUUUGCAUAAGUUUCCGUUGCUGUCCAAAAGUGGAUUCAUGCAGAAACAAAUAGCAACAUCAAAAAACGAAGAGAAGGAGAACCAAAUCGAAGAGAUUGACAUAUCAGUGAUCCCUGGUGGUUCUGUUGCUUUUGAGUUUUGUGUCAAGUUCUGUUACGGCAUCACGCUGACCUUAAACGCUUACAAUGUGGUCGCAGCUCGUUGCGCAGCUGAGUUCUUGGAGAUGAAUGAAACGUUCGAGAAAAGCAAUCUUGUUUACAAGAUUGAUGUUUUCUUGAACUCAACUAUCUUCCGUAGCUGGAAAGAUUCCAUCAUUGUCUUCAAGACAACAAAAGAUCUCUCUCCAAAUGAGUUUAACCUCAAGCUUGUUAAGCGUUGUCUCAACUCUAUUGCUUCCACAGCUUCCAUAGACACUUCGAAAGUCGAGUGGUCUUACUCUUACAACAGGAAGAAGAAUCAUGAUCAUCAGAAGAUGAGAAAACAAGAAGCUGUUCCAAAAGACUGGUGGGUGGAAGAUUUAUGCGAUCUUCAUAUUGAUCUGUAUAAACAAGCCAUUGAAGCAAUCAAGAAGAGAGGGAAAGUUCCGGUUUUCGUUAUCGGAGAGGCAUUACACACUUAUGCAGUAAGAAGAAUAGCUGGUUUUAGCAAAGGCUCAGUGAAGAUCACUGACAAAUCUUUGACUGAAUCAAUCAUAGAGCUUAUACCGGAUGAGAAAGGAAGUGUUUCUUCUAGCUUCUUGAGCAAGUUACUUCAAGCAUCGAUCUUUCUUGCAUGUGAAGAAACCGUGAAAGAGAAGUUAAAGAAAAGAAUCAGCGAGCAGCUUGAGGAGACAACAGUGAGUGAUAUCUUAAUGUAUGAUAUAGAUAUGGUUCAGAGUCUUGUCAAGGAGUUUAUGAACCGAGAUCCGAAAACUCACUCGAAAGUACCCGUCUCAAAGCUCAUUGAUGGAUACUUAGCUGAGAAAUCAAGAGAUCCUAAUCUUCUUCUCCAAAACUUCCUUUCUCUAGCUGAAACACUCUCUAGCUUCCCAAGACAGUCCCAUGACGGAUUAUAUCGCGCUAUCGACAUGUUUCUAAAGGAACAUUCAGGGAUUAGCAAGAUCGAGAAGAAGAGAGUAUGUGGGUUAAUGGAUUGUAGGAAACUAUCACCGGAAGCUUGUGAACAUGCGGUGCAGAACGAGCGUUUGCCGAUGAGGGUGAUCGUGCAAGUUCUCUUCUUUGAACAGAUUAGAGCCAAUGGUUCAUCGACAGGAAACAGCACUCCUGAGCUCACCACCACGACUUUAAACACUGAGGAUGAUGAAUGGGAACCAUGA